AUGAUGGCAUCCAACAUUUACCAAUCUCCAGCACUCACAUUUGAAUUGGUAGCACGAUGCUCUACUACACGUGCUCGGGCUUCAAUACUGUCUCUGCCUCAUGGUCCCGUACAGCUGCCUUUAUUCAUGCCUGUAGCUACCCAAGCUUCCCUCAAAGGCAUCACGUCCGAGCAGCUUGAGGAUACAAACUGCAGGCUAUGCCUCAACAACACGUACCAUCUUGGCCUAAAGCCUGGAAAGGAUGUUCUCGACGCUAUAGGAGGAGCCCACAAGCUUCAGGGAUGGAGCCAUAACAUCCUCACAGACAGUGGCGGUUUCCAAAUGGUUAGCCUUCUUCAACUGGCGACUAUUACGGAGGAGGGAGUUCGAUUUCUGAGCCCUCACGAUGGAUCGCCCAUGCUGCUGACACCAGAGCAUUCGAUGGAGCUCCAGAACUCUAUUGGUAGCGACAUCAUGAUGCAACUAGACGACGUGCUGGUCACGACAUCCCCGGACCAUGAGCGGAUGCGGUUAGCCAUGGAGAGGUCAGUGCGUUGGUUGGACCGGUGCAUCGCCGCCCACAAGAACCCGCAUCGCCAGAACCUCUUCUGCAUUAUCCAGGGAGGACUGGACCUGGAGAUGCGUCGAGAAUGCUGUCGCGAGAUGGUAGCCCGCGAUACCCCCGGCAUUGCCAUCGGCGGACUCAGUGGAGGUGAGGCCAAGCACGAUUUUUGCCGCGUCGUGUCGACAUGUACGGCCAUGUUGCCGGAACUUAAGCCCCGAUAUGUCAUGGGUGUCGGCUUCCCAGAGGAUCUUGUAGUCAGCGUCGCUCUGGGCGCUGACAUGUUUGACUGCGUGUGGCCGACGAGAACGGCUCGCUUUGGCGCCGCUGUCACAAGAUACGGUGUGCUCAAUAUACGCAAUGCCAAGUUUGCCAACGACUUUGGCCCUAUUGAGGAGGGCUGUGGGUGUGCAUGCUGCCGGCCCGUGAGCGGUGGAGGCAUGGGCAUCACCAAGGCCUUUGUCCAUCACAACUCAGCCAAGGAGACGUCUGCUGCCCACCUGCUGACAAUCCAUAACGUGUGGUAUCAACUGAACCUGAUGCGCGAGGUGCGUGAGUCUAUCGUUGCCGACACAUUCCCCACUUACGUCAAGACAUUCUUCAACAACCUGUACCCUGAUGGGAACUACCCCGAUUGGGCAGCGGAGGCGUUGAGGACGGUCAAUGUAGACUUGGCCAAGUGA